CGCUCGAAUAAUUAUACACAAAAUUGAGGGAAAGGAGGAUUGGUCAUUUCUGGUUCUACAAUUUCAUGAGUAAAAAAACCUUGAAAUUCUGGAUGAAAUCUAAAAGGAGAAGCGCAAAUGUCUGAUUAUCUCGGGCUUACCCAUGGGUCCCUAGCCCUACCGAGAUGGCGGCACUAAUCGCUUGGAGUUUGCACACUGGUCAAGAACUUGUCCGAUUCUCUGUGGGCAACGACAACGCCCUUCAGAACUUUUUAGCGUCCCGCCAGUCCCGUUUACCAUAUGAUGCAGUCGCCAUGGCAACUGAUGAAGAUGAAAUUCUCAUCCACGAUGUGGCUAAAGAGCUGCAACUAGGUGUGGCCUUCCUCUCCGGAGGCAAGUCCAACGAAGGCUUUCCAAUCAUCACGAUGCCGGAAUGCCUGAAGUUUGACAUCACAACAGACGAUGAAUUUAUACGUCUGUUAACAUAUUUAAUCAGAAUCCCUAGCUAUUUUGCAGGCUUGAAUCAUUCAAGCAUGCUCGACAUGGACAAAGGGUUCGUGAUUCUCGUGGACCGACGGAAUGAAUCAUGGAACGCCGUCAAAUCAGCCCUGGUCAGAAUAGCGCAGGGAUAUUUCCCCGGCAUCAUCCAGGGCGUGUACGUCCUCAAGCCCAAGAGCUUCUUCCAGAAGAAACUCUCGGACUUCCGCUUUCGCUUCUCCAAAGAGGAGUUCAAAUUUCAGGUUCUGUUGCUGGACUCUGUCAAAGAUCUCCAUGCGCUGGUUCAUCCCACCCAGCUUACCAAGGAGUUCGAGGGGAGUAUAUGUUUCGACUUGACGUCUUGGAUUGAAGACAGAAUGGCGAUUGAACGGUUUGCGAACAACUGUCGGGAGCGUUCGACGGCAGUCCAGAUCCUGACGGACGAGUUCGCCCGCACGGAGUUGCCCAACGACGUGGAGGGGGCCAACACGCUGCUGAUGGACCACCGCAAGAAGCGCAUGGAGCUGAAAGACGACUUGCAGAGCGCCAUGAAGUACGGCCAGACGCUGCUGCGGUGCAUGCGCAGGCCGCUGGACGAAAGCCCCGACCAGAACCCGCACAAAGUGGCAACGCUCUGUGGCAUUGAAAGACUCCUCGUACAGAUGGAAGAGACGGAGGAGAAAUUUGAGGAGAUGUGGACGGGGCACGAGCACAAAUUAAUACAAUGCCUGAAACUCAGGAAAUUUGAGGAAGACUUCAAAGAAGCCGUGAUGUUACUGGAGAACCUUUCAGAGAAGCUGAGCGCGUCAACAGAUCGAGGCAGCUCGAUGCACCAAGUGGAAAGUCUCAUCAAAUUCCAUGACGAAUUCACCGAAAACAGUCAGGAUUCGCUGGAGAACGCCAAGAAAAUCCACGACAUAGGGACGGAGUUGAUAGAGGAGGACCACGACGGGGUGGACAGUAUCAAGCCCAAGUGUGCCGAGCUGAAACGACAGAGGGAAGAACUGGCACAGAGACUCGAGAGUCGGAAAGUCGAGUUAAAUCGGUCGCUAGAGCUUCACAAGAGAAUAGACAAAGCUCAGAUGUGGUGCGCCGACGGCAUGAAGCUUCUGGCCUCGCAAGAAAUGGACAAGUGUCAGUCAAAAGAGGGCGCGGAGCAGUACUUACAAGCCAUACAGAAUUGUCUGAAGGGCGCUAAGGAGCUGAAACUUAGCGACCCCAAAGAAUUCCGUGGCAUGUUUUCCGACAUACUCACGUCUGAAAGCAAGGAGCCUGAUUACGAGGCUAUUGUCCACGAAGCCGUCACCAAGAUGGAGGACGUCAAGAUGAUGUUUGAGAAGCGACAGGAGUCGCUGCAGAAGGUGAUCGCCAAGUGCGAGAGACCCGUUCAGAUCGUGCCGGCUACCCCGGUACCCGCUGGGUCAAGGUCGCGGUCCCCUGGUCUGUCCCUAACGUCUGCCAACGGAUCGCCCAACGAGACGCGGAAACCAAAGAACAAGAAGGUCAAAGGUUACAGUGCUAAGGCCCCAAUACCGUUCCCGUCACAUCAACUGUAUGUGCCGAUGCCCUUUCAGAGUGAUAAAAAGAUCGAGAUAUUACGAGGGGACAGCCCAGAUCUCGGUGUGGUCGUCAACACACAGAAUGGCGACUCUGGUUCACUGUCUGCCAAGAGAAGACAUGUAAUGAAGGAGCUGAUUGAAACGGAGAAGAUGUACGUCAAUGAACUAUGUGCCGUCCUAAGAGGCUACAUCCAGGAAAUGGAGAACCCAGACCUGAUGCCUUUCAUCCCUGAGGCGUUGCAAGGACAUCGAGACAUCCUCUUCUCAAAUUGGGCUGAAAUCUACAAAUUUCACAGCAGCACAUUCCUAGUCGAACUCGAAAGUUACAUCAACACUCCAACCCUCAUAGGCAAAUGCUUUGUAAAAAGGAAAGAAGAAUUAGACAGUUUGUACAGCACGUAUUGUCAGAACAAACCUCGGUCCGAGAUCCUGAGGCGGGAAUGUGGAAACAACAAUCCCUUCUUUCAGGAAUGCCAAAGAUUGCUAGGUCACAAACUCCCUCUGAGUGCAUACUUACUCAAGCCAGUCCAGAGAAUCACUAAGUAUCAACUACUCCUCAGGGAGAUGUUGAAAUAUUCGUCCUUAGAGCCGGGGGCUGAAGAUCUGAAGACAGCGCUGGACUGUAUGCUGACUGUCAUCAAGUACGUCAACGAUACCAUGCAUCAAGUAGCAAUUACAGGAUUUGAGGGCAAGCUAUCCAAUCUGGGCAAGCUCCUCAUGCAGGGCGCCCUCUACAUGUGGGUGGACCACAAGAAGCGCAACUACGACAUCCGGCAGAAAAAGAUGCAGCGGCACGUCUUCCUGUACGAAAAGAUGGUGCUGUUCUGCAAGAAGCGGGGAGAUAUUAAGGAGAAGACGUGCUACGGUUACAAGAGCUCCCUCAAGACCGCCGGCAUCGGACUGACAGAACAUGUAAAGGGGGACAAGAGAAAGUUUGAGAUGUGGUCUGGCGGCAGGGUGAACGUCUACACAUUCCAGGCUCCCUCGGAGUCUGAGAAGAUGGCUUGGGUCAAAGCAACGAGGCAGGCGUUAUUACAAAGCCAACAACUGGAGGUUACAGCUGCAGGUAGACCAGUGCAAAAGCCUCACACCUUAGAAAGCAGCCCAACCAAUGAGAGCACGCCCGCUAAUGGUGGCCCCCUGCCCUCGCCCACAGCGAGCGACACCUCCUCGACAGGUUACGGCAGUGCCAACCCCUCCCUGGCCAGCGAGCAGUCGCUGGAGUGCGAAGAAGAUGAAAACGAGGAGGGCUGGGUCAGCGGAGAAUUCAGCGAAUCUGACGACGAAACGCUGGAAGACAGGAGGGAGUCGCCCUCGCCGCAGCCUGUCAAUCAGUACGUAGUUCUCGCGGAGUACAACGUCGUCGAGGAAGGCGAAAUGGCCGUCAAAGUGAACGACAUCGUCAACGUUCAGAAGGUGGAGUCCUCUGACAAAUUGAGCUCUGCUUCAAAGGAACCUCAGGCCCAGGUCGCAACGGAGAAUCAGUCGGUCAAUAAGCCAGAGUCGCAGCCACAGCCAACAAAAGAAGACCAACCCCUGACCAAGCCAGAGCCUCAGCCACAAUCCAUGUCGGAGAACCAAUCCCUGACAAAGUCACAGCCACUGCAACAGGCCAUAAUGGAGUACCGUGCCGUGACAAAGCCACAGCCGCAGCUGCUAUCCUCGAGUGAGAACCGACCUUCUACCAAGCCAGAGCCGCAUUCAAAAGCGACGAUGGAAAACCAACCUACUACCAAGCCAGAGCCGCAGCCCCAAGCCAUGAUGGAAAACCAAUCCUUAUCCAAGCCAGAGUCGAAGCCACAAGUUAUAAUAGAAAACCAAUUCUUAUCCAAGCCGCAGCCACAAUCAAUGAUGGAAAACCAAUCCAUGACCAAGCCAGAGCCACAACCACAAUCCAUGACUAAGCCAGAGCUACAGCCACAAUCCAUUACGGAAAACCAGUCCAUGACCAAGACUGAGCCACAGGCCCAAUGCAUGACAGAAAACAAAUCCUUAUCCCAGCCAGAGCCACAACCACAAUCCAUGACUAAGCCAGAGCUGCAGCCACAAUCCAUUACGGAAAACCAGUCCAUGACCAAGCCAAAGCCCCAAUCCAUGAUGGAAAACCAAUCCAUGACCAAGACUGAGCCACAGCCCCAAUCAAUGACUAAGCCAGAGCGACAGCCACAAUCCAUUACGGAAAACCAAUCCAUGACCAAACCAGAGCCAAAGCCCCAAUCCAUGAUGGAAAACCAAUCCAUGACCAAGACUGAGCCACAGCCCCAAUCAAUGACUAAGCCAGAGCGACAGCCACAAUCCAUUACGGAAAACCAAUCCAUGACCAAACCAGAGCCACAGCAACAAUCCAUGAUGGAAAACCAAUCCUUAUCCAAGCCAGAGCCACAACCACAAUCCAUGACUAAGCCAGAGCCACAACCACAAUCCAUGACUAAGCCAGAGCCACAACCACAGUCCAUGGCUAAGACAGAGCUACAGUCACAGUCCAUUAUGGAAAACCAAUCCAUGACCAAGCCAGAGCCAAAGCCCCAAUCCAUGAUGGAAAACGAAUCCUUAUUCAAGCCAGAGCCACAACCACAAUCCAUGACUAAGCCAGAGCCACAACUACAAUCCAUGACCAAGCCAGAGGUACAGUCACAAUCUAGAAUGACAAACCAACCCAUUACCAAGCCACCAUCCGCGAUGAAAAAUCAAUCCAUGUCAAAGCCACAGCCGAAGCCACGUGCCAUAAUGGAGGACCAACCCACUACCAAGUCAGAGCCAAAGCCAAAAUCCAUGAUGGAAAACCAAUCCCUAUCUAAGCCACAGCCACAUAACAUAACAGAGGACCAACCCACUACCAAGCCAGUACUGCAGCCACAGCUGCAGUCAAAGCCGCAAUCAAUGAAAGGGAACCAACCCACUACCAAGCCACAUUCGAUGCCGCAAUCUAUGAAAGGCAACCAACCCACAACCACACUGGGGUCUCAGCCACUGUCUGUGAUUCAGGCCCGACCCACUACCAAGCCACAGUCAAAGCCGCAAUCCAAGAAAGGCAACCAAGCCAUGAUCACACUAGAGUCACAGCCGCUGUCUCUGAUGGCAGCCCAACCCACAACCAAGCCACAGUCAAAGCCGCAAUCCAUGAAAGGCAACCAAGCCACAACCAAGCCACAGUCAAAGCCGCAAUCCAUGAAAGGUAACCAAGCCAUGAUCACACUAGAGUCACAGCCGCUGUCUCUGAUGGCAGCCCAACCCACAACCAAGCCACAGUCAAAGCCGCAAUCCAAGAAAGGGAAUCAAUUACUCAUGACCACACUUGAGCCACAGCCACUGUCUGUGAUGCAGGCUCAACCCACUACCAAGCCACAGUCAAAGCCCCCGUCUCUCUCCGAGAACCAACCACGGCUGCAGUUCUCCAUCAAAGCCCGGCCUGCAUCCAAGUCACAACCGCAGUACCAUUUUUCCAUAGAAAAUGCAGGCAUGACUAAGCCAGAGCCACAGCCCCAAUCGCCCAAAGUAAAUCCUCAAGUCGCUGAGCCACAGUCGCAGCCUCAGGCCACAACAGAACCCCUACUAACCCAAACGGCCGAAUUCACCUACCAGGUCGAAUCAAUGGAAGAAGAGUCCAGCUACGUCACCGAGACCGUGAUCCAAGUUAGCAACAACGAAAGACCCGUCGAUUCACGCCGAGAGACAGAAAUCAAACUGCCCGAGGUGCCGGGCUUCGAGAUUACAACUCUGACGACAUCUGGGGACGGUGACCGCGUCAUAGAGAUAGUGAUAGAACCGGAGACGCACACCCAGCAACAGACGGAGAUGGAGAAGGAGGACACUAACGCCAAUGUUCUGUCAGAUACCCCGGAUCUGUUAACAUCAUCUGUCGUCAUUGACGGGGUUGGGGAAGUACAAGCCAAAUCGAAUCAGUCAGUCAUGGAAUAAUGAAAGAUUUAGGCUAGAUUCAAACAACACCGAUAUUAAGGGUAGAAAUGUACGAAAGUCAAAGUCCUUUUGCUCCCCCCCCCCCCAGGUUACCCAUCCCCACCCCACGUUUCCCCCAUAUUUUUUUCAGUGUCAAAAUACCUAAAGUCUUUGCGUACACUAAGCUAUAUAUAUCGACUAAAUAAAAUAUAGUAAGGAUACAAUCAACUUGAGGAAUAUAGAUCAGCAAUUGCAAGAUAACAAGAUGUCUGACAAAGACUCCGACAAAGUUUUUCCUCCAUUAUGUUUCUGGCCAAAAAUAAAUAAAUAAAACGUGACUCAUUUAGUACCGGUCCUCCCUUUACAGAACAAAUGUUUGAGCAUUUAAAAAAAAUUUACCUAGUGUCUGAAUUUUUCCAACCGAGAGAAGAUUUUUUUGGGGGGGGCAGCCCGCUGACAAUAACACUUGGGCUAAGCCAGCAACUAGAAAUAAAACCUUCCUAAUUCCUGGCCGUAGGUGACCUCCAUAAAUCGACGAUUCGAAAAUUGAAAUCGACAUCUGGUACAAAAGCCUUUCUUCUGUCAGAAAGCCCAUUAUACAACCAACAAAGAAGCAGACAUUCUCUACAUUUCAGUCUGCUUUUGCGGUGACCUUAUAUGUUUUUUUGUAGGCUUUCCACGGUCAUUCAACCCUUUGUUGCGGACAGUUAAACGACCCACAAAGAACAUCUUCAGGGACAGUCGGUCAUUUAACCUCAAAUUUCAAA